AUCUGAUAAUGUUUUAAAUAAUGCAAAAUUUGUGUCUACUGUAACUUCUGAUGCAACUCAAACGAUGAAAUCAUGGGACGAAAUUCCUGGUCCGUCGCAGCUGCCGAUCAUAUCAACAUUGCACCACUUUCUUCCUUUAGGUUCUCUGCAUAAUCUAAGCGGGUAUAAUUUAAUGGACAAGCUGUACAAGACAUAUGGACCAAUCGUGAAGAUUCCCGGGAUGUUUGGAGCGCAGACCUAUGUUAUGUUGUUUGAUACCGAAAGCAUUGCCAAUGUUCUUCGAAAUGAGAAUUUCAUGCCGAAGCGACCUGGUUUUGUAUCUCUGGAGCACUAUAGAAAGGUUUACAAGAAAGAGAAAGGAGAAAUAAUACCCGAAAUCACAGGAUUAGGAUCUGAUCACGGAGAGGCAUGGAAAACGUUGCGUUCUGUAGUCAAUCCUAUACUAAUGCAACCCAAGACAAUAAAGUUGUAUGCAGCAACAAUAGAUGAAAUAGCUUGUGAAAUGGUUGAGAGAAUGAGAGUAAGUCGAGAUGAUAACGGCAUGUUAAAGAGUGAUUUGGGAGAAGAAAUGAAACUGUGGUCCAUGGAGUCGAUUGCAGUAAUUGCUCUUGGCGGCCGCCUCAAUUGCUUAGAUCCCAAUCUGCCAGAAGAUUCUCCUGUGAAGAAACUCAUUCAUUAUGCACAUGAGGCUUUUGCUUUGGUGGAUAAAUUAGAUUUCCGACCAAAUCUAUGGAGAUUGUAUCCUACGAAAUUGUACAAGAAAACUAUGAAAGUUCUUCAGGAGCUAGAAGAUUUGAAUAAGUACUUUAUCCAAGAAGCCAUCAAAAGGUUAAACACUGAAACAAAGUCUGAUAACGAGAAAGGAGUAUUAGAGAAGUUACUUGAAAUCGACGAACACAUUGCACAUUUAAUGGCAAGUGAUUUGUUGUUUGCCGGAGCUGAUACGACAUCACAUUCGGUAUUACUAAUAUUAUAUUUACUGGCAAAGAAUCCAGAAAAGCAAACGAAAUUGAGAGAAGAGAUACUGUCAGGUUCUGAUAAGCGGCCAUAUUUGAAGGCUUGUAUAAAAGAAGCGAUGAGAAUUAUGCCUGUAGCUUCAGGAAAUAUGAGAGAGACGUCGAAGGAGUACAAUAUCCUUGGUUACCAUAUACCAAAACAUAAAAGUCUACUAUUCGCUCAUGAGUACACAUCUAUGAUGGAAUGUCACUAUCCAAGACCGAAAGAAUACAUUCCAGAGCGUUGGUUGGCGGAUAAAGAAGAUCCGUUGUACUAUGGAAAUGCACAUCCAUUUGCAUAUAACCCGUUCGGAUUUGGUACCCGGAGUUGUAUCGGUCGUCGCAUAGCCGAAUUGGAGAUAGAAACAUUAGUCACUCGUGUCGUACAGAAUUUCGACAUGCAAUGGUUUGGUGAACCAAUGAAGCUGUAUCACAGCACUUUGAAUUACGUCCAAGCACCGUUUAAUUUUAUUUUUAAGGAUGUACGAAUUUAAUUCACUACUAAAGAUGAAACUAGUUUUUAAUAUGUAAGAAAACACAAUAGCAGUACUUAUAUUUACGACAAAAUUAGGGAUUAAGCUAUCAUUAUUUACAUUCGAGCUGAAAAUUAGUAGGAUUAUUCGGAAGAACAUUAUAAGAAUCCUGUAAAGUCACCAUAGACCCUGCAUUAAUAAAAAAUAUAUUUAACGCCAACGGUCCCAAAAAUGGGCAGACGUUUUCGCGUUAUUCGGCGAAAUCGUAAGAUUAAUCAAAAAUUACUUGGGACCAAAUUGUAGAUCCUAAAAUUAUCUAUAAAAACCUCUAUUUAAUAUUUCUUAAUGAACCAUAAUUUUGAGAUAUUAUGGUUCCAAUAGUUAAAAUGAGUUCGGUCACUUCACAUGAAAAGGCACUUAGAAAAAUUCGCAUAGACCUGAAAUUUGAUAGGAAUGUUCAAAAUAUAUGUGAAACCUUAAAAGUCUCCAGAAUGUUAAUUAUUCUAUUAAACAUGUAUUAACUUCCCACUUCAGACCUUAAUAGCAUAAGUUAAGUAAAAUCUUUCUUGCUAGGUUAUGAAGUAAAAGAAACUGGAAUCUUGUAGUAGUAAUUGGCUACAUAAGCCACAUGCGAGCACAUCAACGCCAAUAUCGGCCGGGAUUACAUCAUCAGUGAGAGAAACGUCAUUGCAAAAUUUCAAUCCUCUAGGUCCUUUGCAAUCGCUGGCUAAAUACGACUUCUUCAAAUAUUUUAACUCUAAUAUCC